ACUCAGAAGCAGUUCGGCCACUGCUACUGGCAUCUCUUGUCGUGUAAAGUUAAUUGUAACUGUCCAGGGCGUAGUUUGUCCCGCAAGGCAACCGUUUCCUACAGGGUUCAUCAGGUCCGCACUCAAAAAGGUCGCCGACUUAUGGGUUAGCCGCGAUGAGUCACUAAUACAGUUCCCGCGAUCAGCCUCUACAAGCUCCAUCAGUCAAUUGGAAUCGGCCAAAAAUCCCAAAACAGCUAAAUGAACAGGCACGAAACAGCUGAUCACGCCCUCCCCCCCCCUGUCUGCGAUUACCGAGUCACAUAAAACACAGUAGACAGGGGUGAGUCACAGGAGGGGGCCGUGUGGCCAGGUGCGCAGCGACUCGAAAGUGCCGAUUUACUAGGCGGUUACCAUGGCAACGACGCUCAGCGUCACAGCGCCGGUGGCAAUCGUUGGCUGAUGUGAGGCGAAAACAACGCAGUGUUACAACGACGACGACGUUGUUUUGUCGGUGUUACUGCUGCUUCUGGGGAAAUUGGCGCUCACCUGAAAACAACGGAGUGUUUGGCUUCGAGCUGUGUCAUUUACCUCCUCGCUCUAUUCUUCUUUGGAUAUCCGUGAUCAUGUGAUGCCCAUGCUACCUUCUUGCGCUCGGAAGAAACGCAAACAGAGGGGCAACCACACUGUGGCCCUGAGAGCGGAUACCUGUCACAGCUGUCCUCUUCACCUAGGUGCAUGUCGAGGAGAGCAAUGUCUUCCACCGCCCACUCAAGCCCGUGGACGCAACGGUGAACGAUGGCGUAGAUACGAGGAUAACAGCGGCCGAACGGUGGAGGUGGUGCAGUACUGGAGCAGAAAACGACUUCGAAUCUGGGAAACAUUGCAUGGUCCCAGCUCAACUGAUCUAAUUUUGCAUUUCCUGCUAGGAGGAAUACUCAUGGUCUUCUGUUUGGUGAUUUUGGCUACCAUUUUGAGCUAUGACGAUGAUGCUACUGUGAAUGAAAUAUGAAAUAGCGUUUAUUCAGCUAGCGCCCGUUAUAGGUGAUUAAAGCUAAUGAGGAUUACCGUACGAUUGAAGUUCGGAGUACUUUUACCAAUCCCAGCAUAAAACGGAAACCAACAUGGAUGACAUAAACAGCAUCCUAUCAGACAUUGGGUGGGACCCAACUUUUAGGAUCCCGUUAGCCAAUGAGGAAUGCAAGGCUCUUGAAGAGGAACUAUUGAAGAAGCAGCAGACUGUUAUCGCGCUUAAGGCGGAUAUAGCCGAUCAAAACAGUAAGGCUUCGUUUAUCGAGACGCAUCUUCAAAAUGUGUUGGCUGAGUUCAACCAGAACCAGAACCUCAUGGAAGCGCGGGAGAAACAGAUAGCGUCAGAGAACCAUCUGCGGAACCUCGCUGAAAGAGAGUCGGGCCGACUUAAUCAGGACAUCAAGAGUAUGGCAGCACUCAUGCUAGAGGGCAAGCAAAGGCGCAUCAAUCUUGAAGGAGAUGUCGUCAAGCUUCAGGAAUCGGUUGAUGCUUUGAAGAAGGAGAUGGCGUUUGACCGAGAGGCUCUUGAGGCAUGGCUUCGACAAAUGUCUGAGAGAGACGACGACAUAAUGGCUCUGGAACACUACGCUCGCCUCGAUGAGGGGAUGAUCAAGGACUUGAACCUGCAGCUGGAGCGGCUGAAUGCUGAAGAGCGCGAAAGCAAUGAGAAGCUGAAGCACGCCACCACGGAGCUGAUGUCGGUCAGGGUGGAGCUGGACAAGCUCGGCGAGGAUUACCGGCACGCUCACGCUGAGAGACAGGCCCUGCUGGACCAGUGGGAACAGACCCUGCAGCAGAUCCAGAGACGUGAGCGCGACAUCCAGAAAAUCUCAGAGCAGCUGGACAAACUCCGAGCUGUGAUGGAUAAGCGACAAGUGGCCUUAGAAGAGCAGAAACGGUUUCUGGCCGAUGAGCAAAACAACAACCACGAGCUUGAGGUCGAGACGGCCCAGAUGGAACGAGAAUGUAACAGAAUCCGGGAACAGUAUCAGAGAACCGAGCACGAGCGAGAAGAGUUCCACAGAGAGCUGGAGGCGCUUAAGACAAAUGUGAACAGAGUAUCAAUCAUGCUAGAGCGAGCUAGAGUCACUGUUCAUCAACUGAAAAACCGCUUUGCUGAGAGGAAUCGGGCAUAUAUCAAACUAAAGGUUGAGAAAGACCAUGUAGACAAAGCACUGAUAGAAGCGCACGAAAUGGCUAUGAGUGCUGAAGAAAGGGCUCAAAAGCUGGCAAAGCUGUUAGAGGACGAAGAAGUCAAGCAGAAGAAGAUGGAUACAGACUUAUCUCGCCUAAAAGAUCUGCAGUUCAGAAAAGGCAAUGAGCUCAUCAAGUACCAAUCAGAUGAGACGGCAAAGAACGCCGAAAUUCAAGGAUGUGUGGCUGCUAGACGUAACAUGAUGUCCAAAAUAAGAAAGAUGGACAGUGAAGUCAUGAAACAGCAAGAAAUCAUCUACAGCCAAGAACUCUUAGCGCAGCACCUGCAGAAGCGAAUAGAGCGGAUGUCCGGUACAAGGCGAGACACAGAGCGCAUUCGUCUCGAGCAGCGUAUCGCAGAGCUGAAGGCUGAUCUAGAGCAGCGCAACCAGGCCAAACGCUUCCUAGAUGAGCAGGUGAAACGAACCCUGGAGGCCCAGAGACAGGUGCAACGCGACCUGCAACAGAACAAGCUGCUCACGGAGCAGUUCGACUCGAAGGAAUCUGAACUGAAGCUACACAACGAGUGUUCGAUGAAGGAGCUGCGCCGCGUGGUGGAGCGGAAACAGACGGCCAUGGUGGACGAGAACAUGCUGCGACUGACCAUCAAACAGCUGCGCCGCUCUCUGCACGCCCAGGCCGAGAAGGUAUUCUCGCUGGACCAGCAGCAGCUUGACAUGAGCGCAGCCAUGAAGGAGCGUCGGCAGGAGAUCCUGGCGCAAAAGGACCUCCUCAAAGCCGAGAUGCGCGCCCUCGACGAGGAGAUCCACAAGCUGGGUCGCGACCUCACCAACCGGGCGUCCAAGCUCGACAAGAUGAAGAAGCGUUAUGAAGUCCUGCUGUGCUCCAUGGGUCCAGUAGAGGAAGGCACUGACGCGUCAGAUUCGCACAUAUUCUACGUCAUCAGAGCGGCACAGGAAAAGGAGGAGGUCCAGCGAGAGGGAGACGAACUGGACGCCAAAAUUAAGAAGACGGAGGCCGAGCUGGUGGCGCUGGAGAACACGUGUCAGGUGUUGAAGGAAAAUAACGAGGAGUACCGGCGCAACUUGUCCAGUGCGCAGGAGACGGAGGAGGAGCAGGAGACGGCUGCCAACCUGCAGCAGCUGAUCGCCCAGACCGAGAGCCAGGUAAAGGACCGUCGCCUCCACCUGCUCAGCAUACAGGACAGGGUGCAGGUGAUGCAGGCAGAGCUGGACCAGCUGACCGAGGAGCAGAACACUCUGGACCGGCAGCGCGAGGAGCUGGAGCGACAGAUGGCCGCCAAAGACAAGGAGCUGAAGGAGCAGGAGGCCAAGCUGGACCGCGCCACCAGGUUCAACAAUCACGUCAUCAAGCAGCUGCGCAGGAAGACUGGUCACAUCAGCUCCACGCCAGAGGAGCAGGACAUCGAGGUGCGGGUGCGCCGCGAGGAGGUCAAGCUGGCGGCGCGCAGUCUGUGUCAGGUCACCGAACUGGACGAGGAGGCGCGCGAGCUCGUCCUCAGCACGCUGGAGGAAAGUGGCAUCAGCGUGCCCGAGAGCCGCACCUCCUCGCAGACCUCACGCCGCUCGGAGCUGCUCAGCUGCGCCUCAAUGGAGUCGAUCUGUUCGGAAUCGAGCGGCGGCACUCCGGCCUCGCAGCGCUCCCUGCUGCAGUUCCCCACCCCGUCUGCCGCCAGCAGUCAGGCAGACGAAGACGCCGGCUCGACCAGCCGAGCCAGCAGUCGCGGCAGCAGCAGAGGCAGCAGCAGGGGCAGCAGCAGCGACGGCAGCAGCAGAGAGAGCAGCCGCUCCGGCAGCCGGCAGAGCACCCGAAGUGGUGUCUCUGGGGGCCGCCAGAGCGGGAAGAAGCCAGCCUCUGGCAGUCGGCCGGGUAGUCAGCAGGGCAGUCAGGUGAGCGUGGUCAACAUCGACUUCUCCGACCUCGGACGACCAACGAGCAAUGCGUCAGCGGGGUCAAAGAAGUCAUCCACUGCGAGCUCCGGCUCAUCGGGCACUAAAGCCAAGGCUAAAAAGAAAUAGAGGUCUUUGUGGAUAAGCAUUUUUGGCAAGAAGCAGCUGCAAAGCAACCAUAGCAUUUUGCUCUAUCGAGAUGAUGAAGACUUUAUUUGUGCUGAAGGCGAUGCAGAAUUAUGGUGUCUUUCUUGCUGGGCGUGUGCGCACCAAUACUUGUGCGCAGUAAUGGACCAGUGGGACAGUGUUCGAAGAUGGAAGUGAUUGCUGACAUCUCAUUUAUUGAGUGCAGUAGACGGUGUACAUUGGUAGGUCACUGUAAAGUGAAAAACAUCCAGAGUGGUGAAUAGCAGAGUAUGGAAAGUCACGCCGACGAGAACGAAUCGAACCGAGUACCGGGAGCAGCGGUGGCGAUUCGGCGGUUGGCCGGCCGUUCUGUGCGGUUAUCGGCGAGCCAGGUGGGUCGUUAGGGGUGGCAGCUGCUGCUGACUGACUGCGCUCACCGCCACUCUCCACGGCCGUCGCACGCUGAUGCCGGCACUCAGCAUCGAUCGGUCCGCCUGAAGCAUAGAGCUCGGUGGCUCGGCGCGGCUGCCGCCGCCUCAUUCCGUCCCCGUCCCUCCGGUGAAAACUUGAACAGCGCGCCGCCUCACCGUCAUCCAUCAUGGCAGUCGGACAUCUAACAUGCCGUGCCGAAAUUCUAUCGCCUGAAUAAAGAUGAAUGGUGUGCA